CCUCCUGAAAUUUAACGUUUCACGAUGAAGUUUUUACCGGCGAUUGCCUUUUUUAUUUUAAUUUCCUUGUGGGUUGAAGAAGCCUAUUCUAAAGAGAAGUCUUCAAAGAAGGGGAAGGGGAAAAAGAAGCAGUAUCUAUGCCCAUCCCAGCAGUCACCAGAGGACCUUGCCCGAGUCCCUGCCAACUCCACUAGCAAUAUCUUGAAUAGGCUACUGGUCAGUUAUGAUCCCAGGAUAAGACCAAAUUUCAAAGGUUUGNNNNUUGAUGUAGUAGUAAACAUUUUUAUCAACAGUUUUGGAUCCAUUCAAGAGACAACAAUGGACUACAGAGUUAAUAUCUUCCUGAGACAAAAAUGGAACGAUCCCAGGCUGAAGCUCCCCAGCGAUUUUCGGGGCUCAGAUGCCCUGACAGUGGAUCCCACAAUGUACAAGUGUCUGUGGAAACCUGAUUUGUUUUUUGCAAAUGAAAAAAGUGCCAAUUUUCAUGAUGUAACCCAGGAGAAUAUCCUCCUCUUUAUUUUUCGGGAUGGAGAUGUCCUUGUCAGCAUGAGGUUAUCUAUUACUCUUUCAUGCCCAUUGGACUUGACCUUGUUUCCCAUGGAUACACAACGCUGCAAAAUGCAACUUGAGAGCUUUGGUUACACAACUGAUGAUUUACGAUUUAUCUGGCAGUCCGGGGAUCCUGUUCAGUUAGAAAAAAUUGCCUUGCCUCAAUUUGAUAUUAAAAAGGAGGAUAUUGAAUAUGGUAACUGUACAAAAUACUAUAAAGGCACUGGGUACUACACCUGUGUGGAAGUCAUCUUCACCCUGCGGAGACAGGUGGGGUUUUACAUGAUGGGCGUCUACGCCCCGACCCUGCUGAUCGUGGUUCUCUCCUGGCUUUCCUUCUGGAUCAACCCGGACGCCAGUGCUGCCAGAGUGCCGCUGGGUAUCUUUUCAGUACUCAGCUUGGCCUCUGAGUGCACAACCCUUGCUGCUGAACUUCCCAAAGUCUCCUACGUGAAGGCUCUUGAUGUAUGGCUCAUUGCUUGUCUUCUCUUUGGCUUUGCCUCCCUUGUGGAGUAUGCUGUUGUCCAGGUGAUGCUAAAUAACCCCAAACGAGUUGAAGCAGAAAAAGCCAGAAUUGCUAAGGCUGAGCAAGCAGAUGGAAAAGGUGGAAAUGCAGCUAAAAAGAAUACUGUGAAUGGUACAGGGACUCCGGUUCACAUUAGCACUUUGCAGGUUGGUGAGAACAGAUGCAAAAAAGUUUGUACUUCUAAGUCUGACCUGAGAUCUAAUGACUUCAGCAUUGUGGGGAGCUUGCCAAGAGAUUUUGAAUUAUCCAAUUAUGACUGCUACGGGAAACCUAUCGAAGUCAACAAUGGACUUGGGAAAUCACAGGCAAAGAGCAACAAGAAGCCUCCCCCCGCCAAACCCGUAAUUCCAACAGCAGCGAAGAGAAUCGACCUUUAUGCAAGAGCAUUGUUUCCGUUCUGCUUCUUAUUCUUCAAUGUUAUAUAUUGGUCUGUAUAUUUAUGAUACAUUGUUUCCCAUUUCUAUAAAAAAAUCCCAUUCCAUUGUGACCAACCUCACUCGUCAAUGCCAAUCUGUGAAGAUAUAUUGCAUUUUGGAUGCCAUUUGUUGUAAAAACAAAACAAAACUGUGGCACCUUAAUUUUGAAUGGCAGCAUGGUCUUGUUACAUCUGUGCUCUAAAAGUGAUGUAUAUAUGUAUAGCAAACAUACUGCUUUAGGAAUAAAUGAAGGGUAAGCAUACUACAUAAAAUAAAAUUCAAAUCAUUCUCUGCAGUUAGUGUAAAUUGCAAAUACUUCAGAUAAUUCUGAUAAAAUGACCUGCACGCUGAAUCCUGUUAUGAUCACCAUUCUAAGAUAUGUAGAAUUUCAAAUUUCCUUCCUUGUAACUUUCAGAGAAAGCCAUCUUAUUCUUGUAUAAUUUUUGAUGGUUUUAUCACAGAUUAAGCAAAGUUAUAUUACAUAUUUAAACUUUGUAAGUAGAGGUAUAUCAGCUAUAAUUAUGUGGGCUCUGUGGAGAAAUAAAGUUUAGAAAUUUACUAAUUUGUAAAAUCAGCUCAUUUUAAAGUGUGUCUGUGUUGUCAAAAGGCCAGAUAAUAAAACACAGUAAUCAUUUUUGAAGCAAAGGGAUAUCUGGAUUUAUGUAAAUAUACUGAAUUCUGGCUUCUGAUAAGAUAAAAAUAAAGGCUAGAUACAUUGACUA